GCAACGUACUUAAGUAAUUUGCAAAGCCGAUUGUCAAAGUCAGUGCAAAAAAUCACUUUGGGAUUUCGUGGCGUUCCUUCGUUAUUUUUUCAUAUAAAUUGUGGAAACUGAUUUGCUGUUCUCAGACUUUAGCCAGACCCACCCGCCUCAACACCGCCUAUCCGAAGACUUGUAUAUUUCACCAAAGCUGACACAUUCCGCACUACCUCGCACCCCUUCUAAAUAAAUUGGAGCUCUACUUAAUUGGAAACGAAAUUAUACAAAUUAGCUCGUCAAUAAGGAAAAUAUUCAAACGUGAUUAUGUCUCAACUAAAUACAUCGGAGAAAGAUGCGGCUGGUAAACCGCCCGCCCAUCGGCAACAGAACGCCCACAGCCCCAAUUUAACGCUGCAGCUUCCCAGUCCAAUUAUAACUAAGCGCACACGCACUGCCUCAACCUCUGCUCGUGCUUUGGAAAAUCCAAUUGAAACUGGUAUUGUAAAAUCGUUCAGCCGCUCAAAAGGACAUGGGUUCAUUACACCUAAAGCUGGUGGCGAAGAUCUUUUCUGUCACGUUUCUGACGUCGAUGGAGAAUAUGUGCCACAGGCCGGCGAUGAAGUAAGAUACCGUUUAUGUGCGAUUCCGCCCAAAUUCGAAAAACAUCAAGCAGUACAUGUACAAAUUAUUAACUUAACACCAGAAGUGCAUCAUAAGUGGGAAGAGCCUGUUUACCCAGAAUCUCCUGCUCAGUAGGAUAAUGCUACAACUUGAUACUUUGCUGAUUUCAUGCCAUAACAUUUGCGGCACCCAUAAAAAAUAUAAGUGUAUAGUUUAAUAAUUUUUGAAAAGACCUAUAGGUUUAUAAACAAGCAGAUUACUUCAGAAGGGAGCAUUUUGUAUGUACAGAUAAAAUUUUAGAGUCAUACCUCCAACUACAUGUGUAAAUAUUAUUAACCAAAAAAAAUAUGCGCAAACAAAGUAUAAACAACAAAAGCUAGCGAAUUCCAUAAAAAGAAGAUCAAACUUGGAGAAAAAUUUUUGCGUGGUAUACAAUCUACAAGUAACAAUAUAAAGUGUUUAUAAUUGUUCCGAAAAAGUCUCGGUAAGCUACAAGAUGAGUCAUUGAACUUUUUUAUGCGCAUCAGUUUAAAAGUAAAAUGCAGUGCCAGAAGCAAACACGAAAUUUCGUCCAAUACACACCAUAGAAAAAUAAACAGCAAAAAAUAUACAGAGGCACAUAAACAUAGAAAACAUUAAAUAAAUACACUCAAAGUAAAUAUCAACAAAUUGGCAAACAUCUUACAUUGCUCGUGCUCCCAGCUGAUACAAAUUUAUCUUUGAUUACAUUUUCGAUUUUUUAUCAUAUGCAUACAUAUACAUAUAAUAAUACUUCAAAUGCUUGAAUUUAAUCGCCCUAUCUAUCUAUCAGUAAGUAGGUUAUCAAAAUAUAAUCCUUAAAUUUUUUCUAAUCCGCAUUGCAUUGUGCUACACACAUAUAUGAAAUUUUGUUCAAUUGUUCUACUAUGUCUUGGCGAAUGCACUUAAUUUAAAGUUUGUAUUAAAUAAUCAUGCAUACAUGCAUAGAUAGUAUUUCUACAUUAUAACACUUCUUCUUAUAUGAAGAUAAUUCAUUCACUUUGUUACUUAUCAAGAAAAAAAUGCAAUAUGUUAAAAUUUGAAGGACUUUUUUUUGGUUGUUUGUGUUUGUUGGUUGUUCCCCGGUCGAUGUUGGUAAUGUAUUCUUAAAUGGAUUUCCACGACGGAAGUUGUCAAAACCAUUAAUUAUUUAGGACAAAUAAAGUGACUGGCUUCCGUCCAAGCAACGCAAAAUAUGUGGCGUGUUAGGCUUCUUAUUUUGUAAGUUUGCGAUAUAUUCUUCCUUGUUUAUGGUUGUAAAUGCUUAUGGUUAGAUUCGAUAAGCACAAAUAGGGAGUGACCAUAUCUGAUACAGGAUGGGUUUAGGAAUACAUCAAGCUAAAACACCAAUCUCUUUCAUUUCUAAACUAUACAGUCGAAACUUUGGUUCAAAUUAGUUGGCGAACAAAUAAAGUGCCUCCCAUUUGACGAACAAAGGAUAUGCCCCAUCAGUAUUUAGUGGUUUACAAAUGUGGGUACUGGUUAUUUUUGAUAUACAAAAAUAUAUAGACAGAUUCUGCUACUCACUUCCGAGUGAAUUUCAA